AUGGCGUUUUCACCGUUACUAUUCAUUGGUUUGAUUUGCCUCGCAGGCGGUGGCUCUCUUUUACCGGCGACGGAGGCGAUAUGGUUAACGGUUCCAAGUUCCGGGGAGAGAUGCGUCUCCGAGGAGAUCCAAGCCAACGUUGUCGUCGUCGCCGAUUACCUUUGUAUAGAUCAGGAGAACGUGGGACUUGGUCCUACAAUUGAUAUUCGGGUAACAUCACCGUUUGGGAAAGAAUUGUACAAGAAAACAAACGAGACGCACGGUCAGUUUGCGUUUACAACGAGCGAGAGCGGAACAUACAUAGCUUGUUUAUCGUUGCAUCACGAUCAGACACAUUACACUGUCAAUACAACUGCUAUCGUCAGUCUUGACUGGAAGAUGGGUAUAGGAGCCAAAGACUGGGAUGCUGUUGCUAAGAAAGAAAAGAUCGAGGGUGUGGAGCUUGAGCUUCGAAAGUCUACAGAACGUGUAGGUGCAAUUAGGGCAAACAUUCUCUAUCUAAGAUUCAGGGAAGCAUCUAUGAGGGAAAUAAACGAGAAGACUAACAAGAGGGUUGCACAGCUUAGCUUGAUGUCUUUAGGACUCUCCCUUGUCGUUUCACUUUUUCAAGUUUGGCAUCUCAAACGCUUCUUCCUCAAAAAGAAACUUCUCUAA